AUGGCCGGGUGUCUCCCGGGUUGGAGCAGCGCGGCCCUGGCCCGCGGAAGCAGCACUUUGAUUAGCCGAAAAAGUUUCCAACUGUAUUCAUCCAGCACACCAGAAAGCAAGUCUGCUUUGAUGACCCUAAGCAAGAGGUUGAAUUUCAUCAGUGGGCAGCGAAAACCCCGAAACUGUAGGUCCGUGGCCAUAAGGAUGCUGUGUGUCAAAGAUAAAUCUUAGUAUAGUCUUUUUAGGAAAAAACACAUACAACUGCAGAUGGAGCCGCUUUGUGUUAAUGAAACUAUGCAUUUUUGUGGCAAUAUCAUGGACUGUACUAAAUCAAAUAAUGUGUGUAUGGAUGAACAAUUAUUUUUCAAGAAGUUUAACAACCUUUGUAUAUCAAAAGACAUUUAUUACUUUCUUAGCUCUUUAGAUGUCAUGUCUGAUACUAUGGCCUCAGGAGCCCUGCAGAGGAUUUCUGAAGUUGAGGUGGAUGACAAUGGUCUUAAAAACCCUGAACUGUUAGAGAAUGAAGUUUUCAGAGCAUUAUGCUAAUAGUUUGAAUUUGAAUCCUCAAAACUGUCAAACAUGGGGCUGCUGAAUGCAUUGCAGGCUUUGAUAAAGCUAUGUAAAGAUCCUCAGAGCACGCUGAUGACAAGCCUGCUUUCAGAGAGCAGAGAGCAGCUUGGCAGGGGACAGCUGACUGCUGAAAAUCUUUGUGCUCUUGGAGAGAGUUUGCUUGAGUUAGAAGGCCCAAGUUGUAUGAUGCUGGAACAAAUUGUGAACAGAACGGUAAGACAAAUUGUGCAAGAAAGAGACAUUGAGAGGUGGAGUCCCAGAGAAAUUAUGAUGGUUUGUAAGAUACUGCAGGUAACUGUGAGGAAAGGGAAACAAUGCCCAAACUUGCUAAACAGACUGAACAAUGUCACUUUACACAAAGUUUCUGAGCUAAGUCCAAGCUUUUCAAGUGUAAUACUGAAUUCACUGGUGAUUCUUUGUCAGACUGGGGCAGUUCCCUUAGUCACUGCACUGUGUAAACAUUCAGUGAAGUAUGUUCCCUAUUUCACAGAUCAUGAACUGGUAAAUGUACUGGAAGCUUUCCUAUACUUAGGGCAAAAAUUGCAAAUUUUUACAGAGGCACUGGAAAGACAUGUCCCCAGGUCCAUCCUCACCAUGCAUCCUCUCAGCAAGGUCAUGCAUUAUUGCUGCUAAAAGAUGAUCCUUUCAAAGCCCAUCUUUGAUAGUAGCAUUUCAUUUCCAAUACUGACACUUGACCAGAUAGCUGUGUAUAUUGUCUCAUUUGGGACUCUUAACUACCUAACUCCAAGUGCUUCUUCCUUGUUUAGGAAGUUUGAAACUGUCCUGCAUAGCCACCUGAAGCACUUUGAGCCUCACACCUUGUUGAACUUCUUACACUUGUGUGUCCUUAUUCAACGUUAUCCAAUAAAUUUUAUGCCAAAAAUAUUUAGUCCCUAUUUUCUGCAAAAGCUUCAAGCUCAGCCAUCUGGUUUGAACAGAAUUGUUAUGUCCCAGCUAACCCAGCUUUUUCUGACAGUCACCCUGGAGUGCCCAUUUUAUGACGGUCUGAAACUCCUUUCAAAGUACCAGGUAAAGGCAUGUCCCACACCUCACAGUUCUCUUGACGUUCACCUCUUUAAAAGGGUGAAGACAGGAUUACUUUAUUUACUGAAAAAAAUAAUAUAUUUUGCAUCAGAGGUAUCAACACCCUAUUUCUAUGUAGUUGAUACUGAGAUUAAAUUAGAUGAAGAAGGUUUUGUAUUGCCUGUGGCCCAACUUUAAGAGGUGCACAGCCGAAUUGCCCUGUGUGUUGAUGGUCAAAAUAGAUUUUGUGCUCAUAGUCAAAAUCUGUUGGGAGAAGAAGCUGUUAAACAGAGACAUCUUCAGGUACUUGGUUAUGAAGUUGUGCAGAUUCCAUUUUUUGAGAUAGGAAGUCUACAAAAUACCAGAAAAAUGGCAGAUUAUCUACACAAAAUUUUUCCUUGUAUAUAUUGACUCAGCAGCUGA